GAAUUAUCUUCUUAUCCUAGAGAAUUUCUUUCUUCUUUACCAUUAUAGUUUCUUCUAUUUCACCAGAUGCACAGUAAAGUCUACAGAUCUUAUUAUCAAUCACCUGGCUGUAGCCAAGUCCUUGGUCAUACUCUUUGAAAGAGUUCCACAGACAAAGGCCCCUUUUGUGUUGAAACAUAUCCUGAGUAAUAUUGCAUGCAAACUUCUCUUCUAUGUUCAUAAAGUGGGCAGAAGUGUGUCUAUGGGCAGCAUCUGCCUCUUGAGUGUCUUCCAGGCCAUCACUGUCAACCCCAGGGACUCCAGGUGCGCAGAGUUGAAGCAACACACUCUCAAAUAUGUUGGACCUUUCAACAUCCUCUCCUGGGUCCUGAACAUGCUGGUCAGUAUGUUUGUUCCUAUCAACAGGACUACACAAUCACUAUAUAAUUUUCUGUUAUUAUCCUAUGAUGUUUUGUAUUUGGGACUCAUGUUCUGGGCCAGUGGCUUUAUGGUUUUCACACUGUACAGGCACAAGCAGUGUGUCCAACACAUUCAUGUGACCAAACUCUCUCCCAGAUUGUCUCCUGAGUCCAGGGUCACUCAGAGUAUUCUUGUUCUAGUGAGCACCUUUUCAUCAUGUUGUUUUUGA